UAAUUUAAUGCGUUUAUAUAUGUUUUUUAGAGGGAGUUGAACAUCAUUCGUGUGGUACAGUGUAAAUAUUUGCACGAAGAACUUGCAGUGUAUUUAUGUUUUUUGUCUAAAAAUCGAAUCUGACACAAAUACGAUUAUUAAAGGGUAGUGUAAAAACAGUGUUCGUUAAGAGGAACUGAUCACCGCGCAGAAUUCAUAGGUUGUCCGUUGUAGAGAGAGGAGGUGGGGACACACCAACAUUUGUGUACAUGAUUAAUAAGAACAAUAGCGACUUGAGCUUGUGUUUAUUCAGAAGGCACUAAGCUGUCAGAAUUACCGUGCAGUUUAUUGCUUUACAAAUGUAAUCAAAUGGAAUAGUAAUGUACUCGUUCAACACCUUUGAAGAUCUGCGAAUGAAAGUCAUCGCAAGUCAAGUGUGAGCAGACGACAGUUUAGGGAAAACCCUCGGUUAUCCGUGCAGCAUUGUGUACAUGGGACUGGAGCCAGGCGUUGACAAAAAGUCUGCAUGGAUAUGAAGUCUAAUUAUGUUCAUCUUCAGCAUCGUUCUGCUUCUGCUGUCCCUGAGUAUAUUUGUGGACUGUAGAGAAGUGAGCUACACCAUUGAUGAAGAAAACAUUGUAGACUAUUUCCUAGGAAAAGUGGCCGAGGAUGCAAAGUUAUUGGAGCUCCUACCCACGGGCGAUAGCUCUGACGUACAGUACAAUAUUCUUUUCUCCGGGAACAAGGACGCAAGUUGGUUCAGCAUCAACGACAAAACGAGUGCAUUGUUCGCCAGCAAAUCAAUUGAUAGAGAUGUGAUCUGCAAAUAUUUAACCACUUGUGUUCUUGAAUUUGACGUUAUCGCCCAAUCUUCUGGCAGUGGCUCUUUCUACCAUAAAGUGUCCGUAUCAGUCACAGUCAAUGACAGGAAUGACAACGCACCCCGGUUUCCAAAUCCGGUGGUACGGCAAAUCGUCUCCGAGGCGUCCGUUCCGGGGGCAGCUACGCCGCUUAUGGGGGCCGAGGAUCUGGACGCCGGAAGUAACGACAUUCAGGCCUAUCGAUUAUUGCCGGAAAAAGUUCCUUUCAACUUAACGGCGGAAUAUUAUGCUAAUGGGAGAUCUCAGUUGCAAUUAAUAGUCACAGGAAAAUUAGACCGAGAAACCAAAAAUAAUUACAACCUUCUUAUUCUUGCCGUGGAUGGCGGGCAGCCUGCUAAGACGGGUACACUGUCAUUAAGCAUCGAGAUAGGUGAUAUUAAUGAUAAUUCUCCUAUAUUUGAAAAGACCAUGUACAAUAUUUCUAUCGCUGAGGAUGUGGCACCCUUAACGAGAGUGCUGACACUCAGCGCAACGGACGAGGACUCGGGUGAGAAUGGCCGGGUAAUCUACAGAUUAAGCGACCAUCAGGCCGAUAGCAUUCACAGAACCUUCAAAGUAGAAGCAACAACAGGUGAAUUAAAAGUAAUCAAAAGUUUAAUAGAAGAACGAAGAGCAAACUAUGAAAUUAUUGUGGAAGCGAGUGACAAUGCGUCAAACCCUUUAAUAUCGCAGGUGCCCGUUUUCGUCACCAUAUUAGAUACACAAAAUACGGCCCCUCAAGUCAUUUUGAAUAUCUUCCCAAGUGGAGGAAACAGUCUUGAAGUGUUUGAGAACGCAGCAAUAGGAACCGUCUUAGCUUUAAUAUCUGUCAAAGACCCUGAUUCAGGUCCUAACGGCCAAGUGGAAUGUGCAAUAAACGAUAACAAUUUUUCAUUGAAAAAAUAUGAUGACAGUGCUGAAUAUAAUGUAAUAUUAAACAAAUCUCUAGACAGAGAGAAGAAAUCUGUUCAUAUAGUGACUAUUACAUGUAGUGAUGCUGCUACCCCUCCUCUAAGUGUGACUACAGAAUUUACUGUUCAAGUUUCCGAUUCAAAUGACAAUCCGCCAUUAUUUUCACAGAAUAUAUACGAAACGUCGGUCACAGAAAAUAACCCUACCCCCAUUAAUAUAGGCCAAGUUCAAGCUCAAGAUGCAGAUAAUACCAAAAAUAUUACAUACAGUAUUGAAUUCGAUGAUAGCAAUAUUUAUUCUCAGUGGUUUGAUAUUGAUAGUGAAAGUGGUGCAAUAUUUCUGAGUCACUCAUUGGACAGAGAAACCUCGCCAGAAAUUGAACUUCAAAUCAGAGCCAUCGACAAUGGCUCGCCAUUAUUAACAGGAAGUGCAAUAUUUAAAAUUAGUGUAGCCGAUAUCAACGACAACAAGCCAGUUUUCCAGUCCAAGACUUUUGAAUACUGGGUCCCAGAAAACAUUUCAGUUAACACGAUGAUAGCCUCAUUAGGCGUUUUGGACGCUGACGCGGGUCUGAAUGGCAAAUUUUCUAUUUCUGCUUCAUCGAAUGACGGGUAUAAUUCUCUGCCUUUCAUGUUUCUGGAGAACGGAUCUAUUUUCACUUCUGAAGAAUUAGACAGAGAAAAAAUUGAUAGAUAUCAUAUACAUCUCACGGCUUUUGAUCAUGGAAUCCCAUCCCUUAAAUCUACCGUUAAUCUUACGAUUCACCUCCUAGAUAUCAACGAUAACCCGCCGGUAAUCCAAUUCCCCUCCUCUGAUACUCCGUAUUUGGAGAUUCCAUUCACUUCAACAGAAGACACGGUGAUUAUGAACAUACAAGCGACUGACGAAGACGAGGGGGAGAAUUCUCGAGUUAAUUAUAUUCUGGAGGGGGACAAUGUCACUGCUGACAUGUUUUCACUGCAUAACGAGACUGGUCAGCUUUCAUUGAGUCGCGAUCUAGGAAUCAGCGAUGUUGGUGUCCUGAGUUUCUUCAUUAUUGCAAGGGACAAUGGUGAGCCCCCAUUGGAAGCCAGAAGGGCGUUCAGCAUUAAAAUUUCUACACAAUUAACUUCAUCCCAUCGUCAGGCGGAGGAGGAGUCAGUAAGAUAUUACGCAAUCGCCAUAGCCAUCGGCUGUGUGACCGUCGUCUUGUCUGCCAUCAUCAUCUUUGCCAUCUGUUACGUCAGACGGCGGGACCGCCAUAAAGCCGACACCUCAAACGGAAGUGUUACGUCUAACUCAACGCUGGAGACGGACCUCAGCCACAGUGAGAUCCGGAUGAACGGCGGGUACCACAAGACCUACACCCAACCCAGUGUCGCAAAAGCAGCAUGGCGGCCUCAGCGUGAGAAACAGGUCUCGUUCAAAGAGACGACAGAAGUUAGGGAAAAGAUGAACAGAAGUCCUCGAGAACCGGAAAUUGUAUCUGAUGACGUCGUUAUUUGGGAGUAUGGAAGUGAGGCUGGGGAUUCCUAUUAUCCUUACAGUGACCCUUAUGGCUCGUUACAGAAACCGAGACAGAUUCCAAACCUUUACAGCAAGAAUCAGAUAGAAUGGGCCUCGGACCAAGAGGGUGUGCAGUGGACUCCGAGCUCGGAUGUGAUGAUUUGAGGGGAGAGAUGGGUCACCAUUCACCAUUCAACCCACGAUGUACUCCGUUAUCUCAUUUUGAAAUGUUUGUGUGUGCUAUUAAAAAAAUUUCAGCAUUGUGAUCCGAAUGAAACAAUGGACUGCAUUUUAUAUCCAGUGACUUUAUUUUUAAAUUAGUGAACAUUUUCCUAUCGUGGAAUGAUAUUGCAAGGGAUGUUGUGCUCAAUUCACCAGGAAAAUGUCUGACAAUGAUAAGAUUUUCCUGUUUAUUUGGAUAUUGAGUAAAACAUGGAAACAUAUCGAGGAAGCGCUGCACUAAGGACCAGUUGCUGGAAGGAAAGGAUCCAAUUCCACAUAGAAAUAACACGUAUUAAUCAUUGAUCUCUGCCAGCGGCGAGCAGCAUGCAAUCAAGGUGUUCGUCUGUCGCCUACCUCAAGACCGACGUUUUCUAUUGGUCAACGCCGGCCCUGAUGGAGUCAAAGAACACGUGACCUGAUGACAGUACAGCACGUGGCUUUAUAAAGAACGCGUGGAUAUGGAAUUAACGAGUCGUGCUUAUAUUAACUCUAUGAACAAGAACAAUUAUACAGAUGUACGAAUUUGCCAAUGUCUUUCAUUUCAUUGAGAAAAGAAAAUAAAUGUGACUUUUCCUGUUUACAUGUAUAUUGAUUUGGUGGUUUGUACAAAACUAAAGGAAUCAAUAAAAUCGUUUUAUUAUU